AUGCCGGUCACCACGCCCACCGAGGAGAACUGCCACUACUAUGGAAGAUUCAUGCACACUCUGAAGCGGCAAGAGGCCGAAGGCCUCUAUUGGACAUUCUUCUUCCUCGUCCUGGCCGCCCUUUUCGCCGCCUCGUGGAAGUACGGCCGGGUGAUGGAGCGUAUCGAACACCUGAGUGUGGAAAGUCGCGAGCGACAACGGCGCCUGAGGUGGUUAUUCUGGUACUGCUUUCUCACUGGUGUCAUCGGGAUGAUUAUAGUGGUCCUUGAGGCUUUUGUCAUCAAUACACUACAAUUUUGCGACGGAGAGCCCCUCAUCAGUCUCUACUGGUCGUUGUGGACAAUGAUCCAGGUCGGAGGCAUCAUAGCCGUCUGGGGUAUCUGUCUUCAUGUCCGCCACAUGGUCACCGGAAAGAAGCACCCGCCCUGGGCUCUCGCACUUGGAACGCCAGUGCUGGUAGUUGCGGGCUUAGGCCAUUACUUUCAGGGCAAACUCAAGCGAUCACGAGCGGCCCGGAGUAUCAGAGGCCGAAGCCGUAGUCGCAACCCAACAGAACGAGGGCGUACCGAAGCUCUCAGUGAAGUUCCUACUGUCAGGGGUGACAGCACCGAUUCCAAGGCUGGGUCGACCGACGGAGACAGCCCAACGGUGUGCGGAGAUUGUAGCGAUGACUUCAACGCCAAAGUCAUCGGCUACACGAAGGAUGGCGACGUGAUCAUCAGGCUGUCAUCAAGCGUCCGUCAAGAGUUCAUGUCACGAGCUCAAGGCAGCAGCUCCAUCACUUGGGAUGAGCCAGUUAGGUACUCAGCGUCAAGAGACGGCGACAUGCGCAGAAAAGACAGCAUGACCCGGGGUCGAUCCAUGACCCGUGGCCCCUACAAGGGUAAAGACAGAGAGGGCUCUUCCGCCUUUGUUGACCUGGAGAAAGGGGAUAUCGCUGAUGAGAAGCCGGGGAAUUGA